CUGAGUCAUUACUCGGCAAGUAUGGCGCAGGAGUGCGAGCGUUUCAUUCGAUGCUACUUCCAUCUUGGUUUAACUUACGAGGAAAUUCUGAACAUCCUCCUAUUUAAUCACAAUAUAUUAAUAAGUAAGCGAACACUGAGUCGAAAAUUGAGAAACCUGGGUCUGUUUCGUCGAAAAUAUCACACAGACGUGAUAGAUAUUGCCUGCUUUCUGCAACAAGAGCUGCAACAGUCUGGAAACCUACACGGCUACCGAUGGAUGCAUCUAAAGUGCAUCCAAAAUGGCAUCAACACAGAUAAAGAAACGGUCCGCCUGUUGCUUGGAAUUUUGGAUCCAGAUGGAGUCGAAAUAAGGGCAAGAAAAAAGUUGCAAAGACGGCUGUAUCAAGUUCGAGGACCAAAUUAUAUGUGGCAUGUUGACUCGUAUGAUAAACUGAAACCUUACGGGAUCUGCAUUAAUGGAUGUAUUGAUGGUUUCUCUAGGCGUGUUUUGUGGCUUGACGCAUAUACAACAAGUAGUGACCCUGCUGUCAUUGCGGGAUAUUACAUGAACACGGUUCGUUCUCAGAUGGGAUGCCCAAGAAUCAUUAGAGCUGAUCAUGGAACAGAAAACACACACAUCCGACAGAUGCAGCAGUUUCUUCGAAGGAGUCAGGAUGACGCAUUUGCUAAAGACAAGAGUUUCAUGCAAGGAACCAGUCAAAAUAAUCAAAGAAUUGAGUGUUGGUGGGGCAUGCUUAGAAAACACUUCACUCAGUUUUGGAUGGACCUCUUCGCCCAAAUAAAAGAAGAAGGCCACUUCAGUGGGGAUCAUCUGGAUAAGUCACUGCUGCAGUUUUGCUUUUUGAAUAUGAUCCAGGGCGAACUAGACACUGUUGUAAAGGAAUGGAACGCCCAUCGCAUCGCUCCCUCCAGAAACCGCCAUGGCCCAUUUGGUCGCCCUCUUGUAAUGCAUACCAUGCCACAGCUUUAUGGAGCAGAGAACUUCCUGGUAGAGGUGCAACAAGAUGAAAUUGAUGUAUGCAGCAGUGAGUGCAUCUUUAAAGGCCGAUACCCAUGCGACAAAGAUGUGUUCGACCUUUGUUCAAUCAUGAUGGAAGAACGACUGAUGUCUGUGCCAAGUACAGUGGAAGAAGGAAUAAACUUGUACAAUAGUCUCAGAAGGAUGAUUCUAGAUGAGAUAGACCUGUAGGCCACCUAUGUGUCCCAAAACUGUGUCUUCCAGUAAUUAUAUAACAAUUAAUCCCUGGUUGCCUUGAAAUCUGUAACUUAUGUUUUCCUGCAGCAAACAUGAUUUAAUUAAGAGACAUGUGAUUUCAAUUCUUCACUUUCGGUUUGUCCUCUUCUACAGCACAAACUUCGUGGGAAAGUAGGGUAUAGGGUCCAACUUCAAGGGUGAACAGAUAAAUAAACUAAAAAAACCCAGAGAGAUACCGAGAUGUACUCAAGAUAACGCUCUUUAUUGUUAACAUGCAACACUUUGAAACAUUAGGAGGUAUAACUGGAAAAUUUAACACAAUUCUCAGGAUUUUGAUCAACAUACAUGUAAUUUGACAUGCAGAUAAAAAAUAAUUUUUAAUCAUAAUACAUGGGCCAUUAAACUAAAAAUGUGAGCAAUCUUACUUUCAAAGUCCGUUUCAUUUCGUACUAAAUCAACAAGGGUCAUUUUUAAAGUGUACCAGCUAUGAGGUUGUCCAACAAAUUGGCAGCUGUUAUUAAUAAGAACUAUGAUUUUAAUCUUGUUGUAUUUAAGUGUUUCAUUUUUUAUGCAUAAUAUUUGUCAACAGUUAUAAUAAUCCAAUUCAAGCUCAAUUUUAUGAAAGUUUUUUUUUGGCAAUUUUCCUUUUAAUCCUUAAAAAUUGAGUAAACAUCUUGGAGAUUAUCUAAUUAUAUUUCUGCAUUUUGUUUAUGAUGGAGAAAUAAACGAGAUUUGAACACAUCAUUGUACAUCAUUUGCACAUUACUGCACCAAUUAUGAAUCAUGAUUUGUAUACAAAAGUCUUGGAGAAUUUAAUUACACUGCCCUUUUGUGAAUCUCCUAUAAAAGAUGGUUUAAACUUAUGCAACCUGAUUGUAAUGAAUGGUACUUCAAAAAGUUUGGCAUUAAAUUAUACCACACCAUUUACGUUACAAAGUCAUAAAUUGGGCUGAAAGGUCUCUUGUAAAACCAACAUUGUCUAUGUAAGAUAUGGAGCUUAUUGUAAUUUUAGAUUGAAAUGCAAACCUUUAAUAUUGCCUAUUUUUUUACAAACAAGUUUGUUCGAUGACAAAAACAUAAAUAGGCACACCCUUGGUUGAGCUAAUGUGAUGAUUAAAAGUGUGAUUUACAAAAAAACACAGAUUUGGUCAUCCAAACUUUGCUAAUCAUGCCGUAAAAUUUUAAAAUCAAAUUAAGUGGAAAUAAGUAUGUUUGCUUUUAUAUAUAUAUAAAAAACAUGUAGUAACACUUUUUUUAAUUAACACCACACAAAUUUGGAAAAACAAAGAUUAUCAAUAGCACAUAUAGGCUUACAUACUUUCCUCUUUUCACAUGGACCUAAAUAGUUUGAAUGCCAAUAGUUAUCUGGUUAUCUGUUGAUUAGCAUACAAUUAGAGUCAUUAAGACAUUUUCCAAAAACGAAAAUCACUAUUUGGGGCUAGAAAGAGGGUGGUCUCCCUUUCCUAAUUGUAUGUGAUGCAUGUAGUUAACAAAGCACCAGUAGGUAGAUACAGGUUAAUGGCAAAAAGAAAGUCUUUAAAAGAAGACAUUUCCAUUUGUGGGAAUUUUGAGAUCGUCCAAUUGAAAGACAUUUUUUAAAUCACAGAUUUGUAAUGGUAAGAAUUUCAGAUUGUCAAGAUGAAAUUCAAUCCAUUUAUCACUUAUUUGUAAUCAUGCUCACACGUGUUCGGUUUUUCCCACCCAUGCAUUCAAAAUAAGACUGCUCCUUAACUGAGCUGUUCAUCUGAGAUCAUUGCUUUUGUGUGUGCAACAGAAACAAAGAAGGAAAUAUGAAACUUCCUAUGGGUGCAAAUUAAAUCAGCCCUUUAUACAUUUUAGGUUAUACAUGUAACAUGAACAAUAAGCAACUAUUACAAGCAUGCACAAACUUGAACACUGUGUGAAAAAUAGUAGUCUCUUUAUCAACAUACAGUCUACAUGACAAAUAUAUAUUAUUUAAAUGCUGUAUAAAAAUAAACAAGUAAAAAAAUG